GGCAAUAAAUACUGACACUUUAACAAAUCCUAAAGACUGCUUUAUGAUCCGAUAUAGACAUGAAUCUGGCAUGUGAGAAACAUACUUGGCAGACUUCAGAGAAGUACCCCUCCUCUAGAGCUGUAGACGGAUUGUGUGGAAAUCUAUCAGAAAGCGGAGGCCAGUGUGCGGUGUCUUUGGAGUCGAACGCCGAUGUCACUUGGCUAGUGGACCUCGGUAAAUUUCAGAGUAUUCAUAAAAUAGUCAUACAUUAUAGAACCGAUGAAAUGCCAUUUGCAAACAGUGAUUUGGCAGGCACCUUUCUUGGAUUUUCUGUCUAUGUGUCGAAUACAACAGUCAAGGAGGACGGGUACCUGUGCUAUCACGACACGACGUAUACACCGUCAACUAUUCCGUCAAGUCUGACCAUAGAAUGCACCAUGCCAGGUCGAUAUGUGAUCUAUUUUAACACCAGAGAAGGCAAUUUGUCCACAAAACCUGGCUAUUCUACAAAGGCACAAAUAAAUCUAUGCGAAGUGGAGGUGUAUGGUUGUCCUCUAGGGUUCUUUGGUGUGCAUUGCUCAAAGACUUGUCCAGUUAACUGUCACCAUUGCAGCAUUGUGUCUGGAGAAUGUCUUGGAGACUGUCGGCUUGGUUUUUCCGGACAAUUCUGUGAUAAUUAUGAAAGAAUUAAUAUGGCAUUGCAUCGCCCGACUUUUCAACUGCAUUCACUUUUUGACGGACAACCAAGUUCCAGACUCGUUGAUGGUAAAAAAAGUGAUCUUAAUAUACUCAGCAGUCAGUGCACUUCUACUCAAGAUGGCCAGUCGUUUGUAAUGUAA